AGACAAAAACUGUGGUGGAUGUGACAGCUGCUGCUGGCUGACCCACGUGAAGAAACUGAACAAACUCGCAAUUAAUUCACUUUUUUUAAGAUUCUUUCCUCAACCAACUAGUGCAACACUGGUAGAGAAAUACCAGGCUAGCUACAGGGGCGAGACGAGAGCCACAUAAGGUUCACUACAGUGACUCGACGACCAAUAUAGCAGCGCUGUAUAGCCCUUGUGGCUUAGCGCUUCUUUUUGAUUAUAAUAAUAAUACGACCAAUAUAAGAGGGAAUAAGAUAGUGAGUGGCUGCAUGUGUUAAAUCUUCCUGCUUCUUGGACGAGGACACAAAAAUGAAGCAUUUACAGGUAGGAAAAGAUAAUGAGAUUCAGGCUUCUGGCUCUGAAGAUAAGAUGAGUAAUGUGGACAACUCCGAGGAAGAAGCAGAUGAAGAUGAGGAUGAAGAGGAGGACGAAGAGGAGGACGAAGAGGAGGAAGCUGAUGAUGGUUUUAGUGAUGAAGAGGAAAAAACAGAUGAAAACAAUAAGCGUAAACUCCCUGAACAAGGUGGAAAGCAAGCAAAGUCUGCUAAACGGGACAGUAAAGAUGGAAGUUUAUACAAACUACCAACAAUGGAGGAACUAAACACUCUAAGGGAGACUCAGAUGCUGUAUCAUUCCAACCUCUUUCGAAUGCAGAUGGAAGAGAUGCUGAUGGAGGUUAGCAUGAAGGAACAGUAUCGUCAGCAGCUGGACCAGUGGUUUGUCCAGUUCUCGACACAUCUGAAGUCUAUGGUGCCAUCUUCAGAACACAAGCUUUGUCAAACAAAGUGGAUGGAUGAGAAUGGAGUUUCUGACCCAUUGGUGCAGGAUAUGCCCAAGGCCAGAGGAACCUUUCUGUUUGCUGCACCUACAGAUGUGCAGUUUGUUGGUUCCUUUGCUUCAGGCACAAUAACAACACGAAAUUGCAGCGUUGAUAUCAUGAUCACCCUUCCCAAGAAAUGUGUACAUGCUGCAGAUUGGCGAAAUGGAAGGUGGCUGGUAAAGCGAAUCAAGUACUUAGCCUGGAUAGCGAUCUCUUUGCAAAAUAAAACAGAACUUGUAGCAGAUUUAAACUGGACUACUCAUUUGGGAAGCUCGCUUAGACCCGUGCUGCAGGUUACACCUAGUGGGAAAUUAGGCAAAAAGUGGAAAGUAAAUCUGUUUCCUGUCCCGCCACCAGAGAGUUUUAAAGCUAAGCGAUUCUCGCCAGAGAGAAGUAACCUGCAGCCAGCAUGGUUUUUUUCAGAAGAGGCAAAAAUGGAAACGCUCCCGCCAACUCCACACUAUAACUGGGCAUGCGCAGUGGACAUAGUUAUGCUGGAACACUUACAACUGUUGAGGGACUGUGUGAAGAAACACCCAAACCUGGCACAAGGCAUCAAACUUCUUAAGAUUUGGUUAGCCCAGCGAGAGUUAGACAAGGGUGUAGGAAGCUUUUCUGGCCACUUGGUCACCUUACUUAUGAUUCAUCUUUUGCAAACUCGCAAAAUUAAUCCACAGAUGUCCGCAUACCAGGUGUUCCGCAAUGUCAUUGUAUAUCUUGGCUCUGGAAAUUGGUGUGAGAGUGGACCUAACAUGAGAGCACCAUCUCAUGCUGAUAAUUCUACUCUAGAGGAUUUUCAUAAGUUGUAUGAAGUAGUAUUUGUUGACCCUUCUGGUAUGGUGAAUAUGACAGCCAAUUUAAUUGCUGCAGACUAUUUAAGGAUUAAACAUGAAGCUCAGCUGGCACUGUCUUUCCUUGAUUCCUCAGCUGCAGACAGUUUUGAAAUGCUCUUCAUUAAGAAGGUCGAGAUCUUCCAACUGAGUGAUCAGCUCUUGCGCAUGCGGUUUUUUAAAAGUGAUGCAGAGACAGUAUUAAGUAAAACAAUACCAAAAUAUCAGGAACUUGUUAUGGAUGCUUUAGGUGAUGUACAGAGAGUGAUGUUGUCAUCCAUUAUACAACUGCUGAGCAAAGGUCUUGGUGAUAGAGUGCAGUUACUGGUGCCUAUGAGGAAACCUCCAGCAGUGUGGCCUCUACAUCAGCCUCCUCCUGCCUUUAAAAAGAUUUUUAUUGUUGGUAUUGUGCUCAACCCAACGACAGCUUCUGCAUUAUUGACAAAGGGUCCACCUGCAGAUUCUCCAGAAGCAGCAAUUUUCAAAAAGUUUUGGGGUGCGAAAAGUUCUCUUCGCAGAUUUCAGGACGGAAGCUUCCAUGAAGCUGUUCUUUGGGCAGAGCCUCAGCAGUCCAUUGGGGAGCGACGUCUUAUUCCAGGAAAAAUUUGCAAGUACCUUCUAAGGCUUCAUUAUAGGAAGAAGGGAAAAUAUGUAUACAUUGCUAAACAAAUGGAGGGCUUUCUUUGUCAUCCUUAUUACAAAAUGAAGUACAAUUAUGCUACUGGUGAGGAGGCUACAGUUUCUGCCAUCCAAGCAUUUGAUUCUCUAUCUCGGAAGCUUCGCUCUCUUGAUCUACCUUUGAAGAUAACAGCAGUUCAGUCAACCUCAGAUGUAAGCAGGCACACCCGGGUGUUUCCACCCCUGGCAAAGGCAUUACGGGUAACUGGAAAGGCAAUAGAAGCAUCUGGGAACUACCUAAAGUUUUCUGAUCUCGGAGGACUAUACCAAAACUUUGAUUACGCCAUAGAAGUUAUUGUCUUCCUGGAGAUCAGUGGCAAGUGGCCAGAUGACUUGGAGGCCAUUCAAGCUAUCAAGGCAGAAUUUCACACCAAGAUGUCUGAUCUACUCCAAAAAGACAGUGUGACAACAGUUGUCUUCCCCAAGUUUCUUCAGAUACUCUGGGAGGGCUACGUCUUCCGUGUUCGUGUCUCUUACUUGAGAGAAAUCUACCUGCAGCGACUAGUGGAAACACCACAGGGAGACUGGCAAGAGCAAGACACUGCUGCUUCCAUACAGCUGGAGAAACAUAUUGAGAUUAUUCCACGAUUCACAACAGCUCUGGCCAGUAUUCAAGCAGAUCACCCAAGUUUCAGUGGUGGGGUUCGUUUAUGUAAGCAAUGGGCAGGGUCACAACUGCUUUUACCACAUCUUCCACACAUAGCAGUGGAGCUGCUGGUGGCUUCUCUCUACCUGAACCCAGCUCCAUAUAUGCCUCCAAGCACACCUCAUGUAACUCUAUUAAGAUUUCUCCACCUCCUGGUUAACACUGAUUGGAAGAUGACACCCAUCCUUGUUAAUCUCAAUGAAACCUUCACAGUGGAAGAUGUGGCAGAGCUCAAUCGACUUUUCCUCACCCAGCGCUCGGCUUUCCCACACAUGUUUAUAGUCACCCCAUAUGAGUUACGAUCUGUACCAAGCACUGAAACAUCAGGUGACUUACAACGACGAUAUAAACUAGCUUCUAUGUGGACCAAAACCUCCCCAUCGGUACAGAUAUUAUAUCGAAGUAAGCAGCUAGCUGAAGCUGCCCUUAGUUUUGUAAAUGCCAAACUGUUGAAAGGUGUCCUGAAUUUCAAGACUAUUUUCCGACCCUCAUCUGAUGACUUUGAUGUUGUCAUUCACUUGAAUCAUAAGCAUCUGUGCCGUUUAAAUGAAUCUGUUAACUGGACUUCACCCAAGCCACUGAAGAUUAAACCCUAUGAACGCCAUACCAACGAAUUAAUGCCUAUUGUGAUGUUUGAUGCAGCUUUUCUGUAUUUAAAAGAACUAAGGGAUGCAUUUAAUCAUGUGGCACUGUUCUUCUACGAUGAACAUGGAGGAAAGUUCGUGGGUGUUGUUUGGAAGCCGUCGGCCCUCCUACCACAGGAGCUCAAGGUGGGUGGACUGGAGGGUCAGCAGCUGGUAGGUGUGAAAGAAGUGAAGCAGGUGACCAACAUCGAAGCAAUUCUUGACGAUUUCCAAACUAUUGGUGUCGAUCUCGUCCGCAAAAUAUCUGUUAAGAACACAUAAAACAAAUUUAUGUUAAGAUACGUGUUUGAGCACAAGACUGUGCUACCGUAAAUAUUGUUAGUUUGCUGAUUAGUAAAUUCGAAAGGAAAAAAUUCAGGUACACAGUGUUUAUUUUUCAUCAGAGGAUCCAAAUUACAAAAUGCUUUUGUUCUUUUUACUAGGAAUUACAUUACAAUAUUUUUAUAAUAAGAUAACUAAUUCCUAAUAAAUUCUGCUCAAAUGUUUGAGUGAUCAAAUUGUCUAGCAAUUAUACACAGUGUCUGCUGUAAAUAGGUUUAUGGGAAAUAAAUGUGUAUAGCGACCUUCAUAGGUAUUGUGUGAUUUAAGAUAUAAUAAAAAAUUAAAAGAUUUAUUGGUUUUCAAAUUUAUACUCAUUUAGAAUUUCUCUAGAAAAUAUAUGCAGUAGACAUGAGCAAUUGAUUUGUCAUAUAAAAUGGUUUACAUGAAGUGUAAUUAAGGAGAGUGAGUUGGGGAGGAAUGAAGCAGUGCAAUCCUUAUUAAGGAGAACAAGAACAGUGGGCUACUGGCAGCAACAGCCUGGUUGACAAGGCAAACACCAGAUGAGCCUGGCCUGUGGCCGGGCUCUGGCAGUAGAGAGAUUCUUGGAACUCGUCAAAGGUACAUCAAAAGUAAAGGGAUGUGGUUAGAUGUCUGUAUGAAGUGACUGUUUUAACUCUCAUUGUCUACAAUGGAUCACCAGCAUGGGUUUAUCGCUGUCAAUAUACUUAUAAUAAUAAAAAUCCACCCCUUAUUUGUAGAUAUGAAAUACAGGUGUGGUGUUAGGGGGAUAUAUAGAAGAAUCAAAAGACUGAGGUUACUAUAGUCUGAGGUAGUAUAGGAUAGUUCUUAUAAAAUUCUCACUACCAUCUUUGGUUUUUCCAUAUCACAAAUCUUUCACUACCCAGCAUAUAAUGUAUAUUAGUAUAUUUCUUUAAUGACUUUUAAAUUUAGCCCAUUUCUCAAAUCUUAGUGAAAAUUUUUCUAUAAUAUGCUGUUUGGAAUGGCAUCUUCAUCAACGGUGGUCUAUGAAGAUUAUCAUUAUGUCAGGGUAACUAUCCCUUCCACUUGGCAGAACUUUUUGUCUUAGUUUCUCUUCAUAAAGAAAAAAUUAUCCAGUAGUGUUAUACACUGGUUCCUAGGUUUCUUUAUAUACUCCUAACCCAGGAACCUAAAGUUUAUCAGGCCUUUGUCUGCACAGAUUAUAUAUUAGGAUUUUUUUUUUUAACACUGUCUCCCUCAGUGUCAGUCCUGCCAAGUGGCACAGUCACACACACACAUUACAAGACAGUGAGUAAAUGCUUGUGAGGACUCCACAUAAUGACUUAUCCAAGUGAGGUGCUGCGCUUGUUUUAGGGAUGCAAGCUGAUCCUGACAAGCAAUUCUGCAAGUUGACCACCAGCUAAUGUUUCCCAAUGGUUGGAGAUAUAUAAUGGCCUCGACAUGUCAUAAUUAGUCAACGAUGAAUAGGAUAUGGGUAAUUCAUGGAAAUACCUCGAAAUGGAGCUAGUGCUUGAAGAGGAGGAACUAGAAUGGCCUCGAGUCCUAAAAGUACCAUGAUCUGUAUGUACAUAUGGUAAGUACUGCAUUUUUCAAAAUUUUGAAAAAUUUCUGUGGCCAUGUGACAAAUAUACUCUUGACUGAGUGUUUGUCACAUGUGGCCAGUAAUGGUGAUUGUGAUGAGUAGAGAUUAAAGUUUUUUAUGUGAUUGUAACAUUAACAGACAAUUUUGUGACCAACAGACUUUGUUGUUUCCAAAACAAUUGACCCAUCACCUUUUGUUACUUAUUUUUGAGUCUGUUAAAAUGAGACCUAUUCAGUCUGGGGUUUAAUUGUGUUCUGUGGUAAACACUGCUGCUUUCCACAUAUUACUCAUUGUGCUACAGAAAAAUAUUUUAUAAAAUAAUGUUCCAUAGUACCAGGAUUGAACUGAAAGCGAAUGCAUUUUAUUCCUGUCAGUCAGGCAGUGGCCAGGACAGGAGCAGAUGAGAAGUGUGUUUAGUUCAGUAUGUGUAGGAAGGCGGCUAGGUGAAGUCUUCAUGGGUUGGCAGUAGUUUGAGUAGGUAAUUUUGGUAAGUUUUUUAGUGUAUACUAUAGGCAUUUGUGUUUAAGUGCUCUCAUGUUUAUUUGUAAAGCCCUAGUAUGCAGAGGCCUGUUUAUGCUCGAGUACUGUAUGGUGUUUUGCCUGCUGGUAAUUAGUCUACCAGGCAGAAGUGAAGAGGGGGGUAUGUAUGUCAUGGUGCCUUCCUGAUGAUUUAUUUUGUUUAACUCAUUAGUAGCAGUGUGCUAAUGAGCUAAUGUGAACUGGAGUGUGGUAGUCUUUUUGGAGUAGAUUGUAAGUUGUUUACAAGUUAUUCAUUAAUAUAGAUACAUUUUUAUAUAGGCGAGUUUUUGUCCUUCCUUCCUAAUAAUAACAUUGUUUAAUAUAUGAGUACAUGCUGGCCCAAGAGUUGCUGUGUUUUUCAGUGUAGUUUAAAUGCCCCUAGACAGCAGUGUGAGCAGCCUUUAGAAGCCAGGACCAUUUUAUUAAAGUUACAACAUCAAAGUCGUAACACUGACAUGUCCACGCAUGAGGCACAGAACAGCAGGAGCUUGCACCAAACCUCCCAUCCCUCACACAAUUAUCUUCACUGCCUUCUCACAUUAUAUACCAUAACACUGAGGGAGUGAGAAAGAGAGAUAGUACAACUGCUGCUAACCCAUACAAAUAACCCCAUUCCUCUACAACUUAUAUCAGCAAGACAGAAAAGAUUGCACCUUGAUUCAAGGUAAUAAAGGAUUGCUUCAAGUUCUGUGCAUUAAUGCUUUGGGUGAUUUAACAUGCAAGCUUAUGCUAAUUUAUCACUCCCAGUCCCCAUGCUCUAAAAUGUAAUGACAAAGCCCCUGCUUUUUAUUUGGUGGUGUAACAAGGCAGCAUGGAUGAGUGAGGCUCUGUUGCGUGGUUAAGCACUUUAUUAUUUUUGCAAUAAAGUUGAACCUAGGGGACUUUUAACAAUUUAGAUGCAAUAACCCACAUAAAAGUGUCAUGGGAUGAAGCUCCCCAAACAUUUGCAAAUGCAAAUCGAAGGAAAUCGUAACCCAGUUUAGUGAAUAAUUUCACAGGUUUCCUCUCAGUAGUUAAAUACAGGAAAUUGUUAAUACAAGGAGGACAGUGCCAGGUGAGGGCUUUGGAGAAAUGCAGGGAGAAGACAUAAGUGAACUUAGAUGAUGAUGUCAAAGAACAAACUGCAGAAAUGGAAGAGAGCAAUUCCAAGUUAGAAUGGAGGUAGGUAACACACGAGGAUGAGAUAUCACUCAUGCCAAAACAGUUGACCUUAGAGAUGCACGAGAUGUUCCAUAGUAUUGGCAGUGUUGCAGAUUUUAACUGAAAGGUACAUCUGACACAUCCAGAAGCAUCACUGUGAAAUGGAGACUGAAGCAGCUGAUAUGAUGCCUUAUCAGCUGUAUAAACUACUUCUGGGUGUAUCAGAGCAAAAGUGCCUUAUAGAAUACCUAAGCAUCAUGGUAGAUCCAUCAGAUAAGAACAAUGUUGAUCACAGCCCAAAAACCACAGCAAUGCACCUCAACCCAAGAACCAUUGCCAUCCACCUCAACCAAGUAGGGCCACUAGCACCUCUUUUUCUGACAUCGAGAUCACCAGAAUUUAAGGUAAGAAAAAAUAGUUUUUCAUAAAUUUUGUGUCUACAUUUACUCCUGUUUGACUGUCUGUACCUCACUACAUCCAACUAGGUCUACUGGGCAACAUCAGCCCUCACCACAUUUUUACAUCAAUAAAUAGUGACUUCUACAGUGAAGUUAUCAAAGACUUUAGUAUUCUGAUGAAUUAAGAAAUUUACAAAAAUUGGCUCAUGGUAAAAUGUUUCCUCUAAUAAAUUUCCUAAAUUGUACGUCAGUCUUUUUCCACAUCUUGUCAGUAUCGCCACUCCAUUUUUCUCAUUCUAAGUUUCCCAAACCCUUUACAUACAAACAGGCUUCAAUGAUACCUACUCGAGCCACUUCGCCUUGACUCUCUACAAAUUCACCAGUGGAGAUUUACAGCUCUUGUGGCUUGAAAUAAAAAUUAUUCAGUCACAACUAGAGGUCAUGGCAUGCCCAUAAUUUAAGUCUCUUCUAUCCACCACAAGAGGUAAAUCUGUACCAUACAUGUAUAGCACUUUGACCUCCUCCAUCUUUAUUUACUGUACUCUGUUACAGGUUGUUCUUGAUGUGUCUUAUAGUGUCUCAAGCCAAAAGACAUUGUUGUUUAAAGAAUUGUCAAUGUGACAUGUUCAUUACGAUUUAGAUGCAAUGGACCAACCCCAUUGUAUCCAGAUUUUGUCCAUUUGUUCUGAUCAACAAAAAUCAGUUUCAGAUUCAUAAUUUGGAUUCAGUGGACCCUCAACUUUAAUGGAUACCCCAUUUACCUAUUAGUCUGUUCAAUUGAAGUUUCACUGGUACAUAUAUAUAUAUUGUCAACAAGCCAGCCAUCUCCUGUCAAGCUAAAGUGAACCAAAGAAAAAAAAAAAAGAAGAAAAACACAUUCACCACUAUUCAUUCAGUAACUAUUUCCAGAAGUGGAAAGACAAGCCAGGUCAAAUAACCCUCUGAACUUCAACAUUCCCACUCCUCCUCCUCCAGGGCACUGGUAUUGUACUUUCCACCUCCAUAUAUAUCACUUCAGGGAUGCAAAUAAAUAAACUGUUGAGCAAUGUUUAUUGCAAACUUUGUGUAGAAAUAUAAGCAUCAACAAGCACAAAUAUUGUGCAGAUGUAUUUUGAAUGCAUAUGCAAGUUGUUAUAAAUGAGGACAUGGCAAAAUAAAGCAACAAAUCCUGGUGACUUAGAUUUACUCUUGUUAAUAAAUUGUGCUAUAUAGAUAAAACUUUAAAAACUUUGAAAUUAUAGGUAGGUAAAGUACUUAGACAUUUGUAAAAUCAAAUAUAUAUAAAUGGCUACAUCAUCUAAUUUUGGACAGAUUAGAGCCUUUUAAUAUCUUAAACCUAUCAUGAAUUACAUAACAGCAGUAAAUUUAUUUUAACAAAUUUCUCAAAUAGAAUUUACUCUGAUAAUAGCACCAGGUUAUUGUAUGCUGUGUCUUUUAGUUGUAGCUAAUCUUGUACCUAACAAUAUAAUACUUAUCAACAGUGCAUGAGUAUUUUUGCACAUACAUUUUAUAUGUAUAUAUAUAUUCACAAAUACAUACAUACAUAAAAUUAUAUGCAUACAUACAUAUAAUACAUGCACGUGUAUGUGCAUAUAUCAGGGGCAGUCCACGCUAAAAGUUUUUCCACUGUCAUAUUCCACUGAAAGAAAAAAAAAUCACACAUUUUAAUAAUUUUAGGGUUCAUUUAGGAUGCCCCAAGAACCUCAAACUUUUUUUAUUUUUUUUUAGGUGGGGGGGGGAGGAGGAGA